GAGAGAGAGAGAGAGAGAGAGAGAGAGAUACGCUCGUGGCAGCAGUUAGUUGUGCCAAGAAGGGGUUGUAAUCUGAAGCAAACUUGAGUGCUACGAAUUCUACUAUACGCUUUGGAUACACGCUGAGAGGUAUUGACGACUGGAAAUAACAUCUUGCAGAAAGGUGUAAAAAAGUUGUAAAGUGGAAAGGAAGCACACAAGAGACAGAGAAAGACAGGAAGAUUUUUGUUUUGGAAAGAAGUGUGGCUGUGUGCAUAUUUCUCUUCAGUUUUUAGAAGACUUGGGAAACUGAAAGCACCAUGGAUUUUGUUAUGAAGCAAGCUUUAGGUGGGGCCACCAAAGACAUGGGGAAGAUGCUGGGGGGAGAGGAGGAGAAAGACCCGGAUGCACAGAAGAAGGAGGAGGAGAGACAGGAGGCCCUGAGGCAGCAGGAAGAGGAGAGGAAAGCCAAGCAUGCCCGAAUGGAGGCGGAGAGGGAGAAAGUACGGCAGACCAUCCGUGACAAGUACGGACUGAAAAAGAAAGAAGAGAAAGAGGCAGAGGAAAAGGCCGCCAUGGAGCAGGCCUGCGAGGGGUCCCUGACACGCCCUAAAAAAGCCAUCCCGGCUGGGUGCGGGGAUGACGACGAGGAGGACGAGGAGAGCAUUUUGGACACCGUUCUCAAAUUCCUACCUGGUCCUCUGCAGGACAUGUUCAAGAAGUGAUGGACCUGCGGUGCAGGCAAGGAGUCAGAGAAUUUUUUGCAGGUAUAGCAGAAAGGCUACAGUUCAAGAUUACAGUUCCACUCAAUUCAGCAGUGAGGAGUUUUAGUUGCAUUGGAGAGAACUGCCAAAUGAUUCCAAAGGCUUGCUGGCAGAACACAGUGCUGUUUCAUUUGGAAAUACAAAGAGCCACCUGUCCUCUGUAAGAGUUUUGUUUUGAAGUUGAUGGACUUACUGAUCUGCUGUCCCUACGGGUGCUUGAUGAUGCUUAGUUUCCCGUAGAUUUUGUGCCUCUUUUAGCUCCUCCACGUUGAGGCUAUCGUCCGUGGUGAAAUGGCAAUUAAAGGACACACUGUCCCUCCAGUUCCAUUCUAACGAACCUCAGUGUUUUGAAAAUUGUUUGUUUGCCGGCUGUGUUGUUUUGCCUUCAGCUUGAUGUGUUAUAUUUAUGAUUGCUCUUUUUAAAAUUAUUUCUGUUGCUUUUCGAAAACCAAACUGUUUAGGUAUCAUCGAUCGGCUUUCAAAUUCUCCUAUUUUUAUCUGACUAGGACAGGCAAUUAUAUAUAGGCUUAGUAGUAAAAUAUAUUAAAAAAGAAAAAAAUCUAAUAACAUGACUGAAAACAGUUAAUUGUUUAUUACAAACCAGGUUAACGAACAAAAUUAUUGAGAGGGAACGUUUUUAAAGGAAUGAUUUGUUUCUAGCAGUACAUGUUAAACAACAACAUGUUAAAUGACAGUUUUCACCUUUGAAUUAAAGUGUACUGCCAGAAAUGAAUAUCGCAUAUAUGUUAAAACGGAUGGCUUUUCAAUUGAAAUUUAAUAAUUUUGCUAUCUGUCACUGGUGUCGAUACAAUGUCAUUUCCUGUAUACUGUAUAAACGAUCUUCUCCUACAAGUGGUUAGCACAGUCCAAAAGACAAUCAAACCCAACCACUGCUCAAACGUGGAAGUAGCCGGUAUAUGAUGUCAUUUCCCAUUGCCAUGUUACGUACAUAGGCAUACC